AUGCCUAGGAGGGCCGGGAGCGGGCAGCUGCCGCUACCCCGGGGCUGGGAGGAGGCCAGGGACUACGACGGCAAGGUCUUCUACAUCGACCACAACACCAGGAGGACCAGCUGGAUCGACCCCCGGGACAGGUUAACGAAGCCCUUGUCAUUUGCUGAUUGUGUUGGGGAUGAGCUGCCGUGGGGCUGGGAAGCAGGGUUUGACCCACAGAUUGGCGUCUACUACAUCGAUCAUGUCAACAAAACCACACAGAUUGAAGAUCCGCGAAAACAGUGGAGAGGGGAACAGGAGAAGAUGCUCAAGGACUAUCUCUCGGUGGCUCAGGAUGCUCUCAGGACGCAGAAGGAGCUGUACCACGUGAAAGAGCAAAGACUCGCUUUGGCCCUCGAUGAAUACGUACGAUUAAAUGAUGCCUACAAGGAGAAGUCAAGUUCUCACACAAGCUUAUUCUCAGGAUCUUCAUCCAGUACUAAAUAUGAUCCCGAUAUUUUAAAAGCGGAGAUCUCCACUACACGAUUAAGGGUUAAAAAGCUGAAGCGAGAACUCUCACAGAUGAAGCAAGAAUUGCUGUAUAAAGAACAAGGCUUUGAAACGUUGCAACAAAUAGAUAAAAAAAUGUCUGGAGGCCAGAGUGGCUAUGAACUUAGUGAAGCCAAAGCCAUUCUAACUGAACUGAAAUCGAUCAGAAAGGCUAUUAGCUCAGGAGAAAAAGAAAAGCAAGAUCUGAUGCAGAGUCUUGCUAAGCUGCAGGAGCGGUUCCAUUUGGAUCAGAGCAUUGGCACAUCCGAGCCAGACUUGAGAUCCAGUCCUGUGAACUCCCGUUUAUCUCUGUCCAGACAGACCCUUGACGCUGGGUCACAGACAAGCAUUUCUGGAGAUAUCGGAGUGAGAAGUAGAUCAAAUUUAGCUGAAAAGGUCAGGCUGAGCCUACAAUAUGAAGAAGCCAAAAGAAGUAUGGCCAACUUAAAAAUUGAACUGUCGAAACUGGACAGCGAGACGUGGCCCGGGGCGCUGGAUAUCGAGAAGGAGAAGCUGAUGCUGAUCCACGAGAAGGAAGAGCUUCUGAAAGAGCUUCAGUUCGUCACCCCGCAGAAACGCACUCGAGACGAACUGGAGCGCCUGGAAGGCGAGAGGCGGCGGCUGGAGGACGAGCUGCUGUCCGCAAGGGGUCCGCCGAGCCGAGCCCUGGCCGAGAGAUUGAAAUUGGAAGAGCGAAGGAAAGAGCUCCUACAGAAACUUGAAGAAACUACUAAAUUAACUACUUAUUUGCAUUCACAACUUAAAAGCCUCUCGGCCAGCACCCUGUCCAUGUCGUCCGGGAGCAGCCUGGGCUCCCUGGCCUCCAGCCGGGGGUCUCUGAACACUUCCAGCAGAGGCUCGCUCAGCUCCCUCAGUUCCGGAGAGCUCUGUUACACCAGUCAGAGCGACCAGGUGGACACGGAUUAUCAGUGCAAACUGGACCUCCUUCUGCAGGAGAAAGGCGGCUACAUUCCUUCUGGACCCAUCACCACCAUCCACGAAAACGAAGUGGCCAAGUCCCCCAGGCAGCCUGGCCAGAGCAGUCCCUGUGGGGCGGCGGCUGCAGCCACAGGCCACACGCCCCCACGGACUGAGGCCCCCAAGUCUGUGACGUCCCUUUCCUCACGGUCCUCCCUCUCCUCCUUGUCCCCUCCCGGCUCUCCCUUGGUUCUAGAAGGCACGUUCCCCAUGUCUGCUCACGAUGUCCCUCUCCAUCGGUUCACUGCUGACUUUGAAGACUGUGAAUUGAGUAGCCAUUUUGCAGACAUCAGCCUCGGCGAGAGUCAGAUCUUGCUGGAUUCUCAUUCAGGAGGAGUGUCCCAGUCUCUCUCAGAGGAUAAAGACCUCAGCGAAUGUGCCCGGGAGCCGUUGUAUGAAGGAACUGCAGAUGUGGAAAAGUCAUUACCAAAAAGAAGAGUAAUCCACCUGCUCGGGGAGAAGACCGCCUGUGUGUCAGCUGCUGUGUCCGAUGAGUCUGUGGCUGGAGACAGCGGGGUCUACGAAGCUUCCGUGAAACAGCCUAGUGAAGUUGAAGAUGUUCCCUACAGCGAAGGGGAUGUCACCAUCGUGGAGACAGCCCAGGUGCAGGUCGGCCUCAGAUACGAUGCAAAAAGGUCAAGUUUCAUGGUGAUUUUAGCACAACUUCGAAAUCUUCAUGCCUUCUUAAUACCUCACACUUCAAAAGUAUACUUUAGGGUUGCUCUGCUUCCCUCCUCGACGGAUGUCAGCUGUCUGUUUCGAACAAGAGUCCAUCCAGCCACAGAAUCCAUCUUAUUCAAUGAUAUGUUCCGAGUGGCCAUUUCCCAAACAGCCUUACAGCAGAAGACGCUGAGAGUCGAUCUUUGCUCUGUUAGUAAACACCGAAGUGAAGAAUGCCUGGCUGGAACUCAGAUCAGUCUGGCUGAUUUACCAUUUUCCAAUGAGAUUUUCACUCUGUGGUAUAACCUGCUUCCUUCCAAGCAAAUGUCUUGCAAAAAGAAUGACGAAGAAAAUGAGGACUCUGUAUUUCAACCAAAUCAGCCGUUAAUAGAUUCUAUAGACUUGGAUGCAGUGUCAGCCUUACUUGCAAGAACAUCAGCCGAGCUGUUGGCUGUGGAACAGGAAUUAGCACAGCAAGAAGAAGAAGAAGAGGAAGAAGAAGAACCCGGGCAGGAAGAAGAGCAAAGAGGUCCAGAUGGAGAUUGGUUGACCAUGCUGCGAGAGGCCUCUGAUGAAAUUGCGUCUGAAGAAGAGGCCCCCGUGAAGUUGCCAGAGGGCAGUAGCUGUCCAGGAGACUUGUGCUCGUGCCCGAGCGCGCCCGAGGCGCAGGAGGACGCGGGCAGGAGAGAGCGCGGCUGUGCGGAGGACCGCGGGCGCCAGCCACCUGCCGGGCCGUGCACCCUGGUCGAUAAAGAGACAAACACGGAGGAGGCAGGUGAUGCCGGGGUGGCGGUUCGCCCCAAAGAGCGCAGCUGCCUGAGCGCUCGGCAGCGGCCCUUCGUGCGGAGCAGCGUGAUCGUGCGCUCGCAGACCUUCUCCCCGGGGGAGCGUAACCAGUACAUCUGCCGGUUGAAUCGAAGUGACAGUGACAGUUCAACCUUGGCUAAAAAAUCACUGUUUGUGAGAAACUCCACUGAACGGCGCAGUUUGAGGGUCAAAAGGACGGUUUGCCAGCCAGUCCUGAGACGAACAGCACAAGAACGCCCAGUGCGCACAUCUCUAGACCUAGAACUGGACCUUCAGGCAUCUCUAACCCGGCAGAGCCGUCUCAAUGAUGAGCUGCAGGCCCUCAGGGGCUUGAGGCAAAAGCUGGAGGAGCUGAAAGCUCAGGGAGAGACUGACCUUCCGCUGGGUGUGCUGGAAGAUGAGAGGUUCCAGAAGCUCCUGAAACAAGCUGAGAAACAGGCUGAACAGUCAAAAGAAGAGCAGAAGCAAGGUUUGAAUGCAGAGAAACUGAUGCGGCAGGUCUCCAAGGACGUGUGCCGGCUCCGGGAGCAGAGCCGCAAGGUGCCUCGGCAGGUGCAGUCCUUCAGGGAGAAGAUUGCCUACUUUACCAGAGCGAAGAUAAGCAUCCCGUCCCUGCCGGCUGAUGAUGUGUGAUUACACCCCCCAAAGAAAUUAUUCUGUCACCUGUUCACUUCUUAGGGAGGGUACAAGGCUGAACUUUUGUUUUGUUUUGUUUUGUUUCGUUUUGGGGAGGGGGGUUCUUUUUGUAACGUAACUGUCAACUCUUAAAGAGCUUUUAUUUCACAUCAGAUUUUCAACAUGUUAAUUUGUAAAGUACCUUGAAUGUAAUUCUUGUAUGUUUAAAAAAAGAAAAAAAAAAGUCAGAUAACCCAGAUGGAAUAAUCUGGUACACAAAUGUCGUCCAGUACAUACGAAUUGCCAGGAGGCUGUGUUUGUACAAAUGGAAUCGGGGCAACGCCCGGUGUGUAUCCUGUUGAACCAACUGUUGAGAAAUAACUCGGUUUAGCAGACGGCGAUCUUGGCUUUUCCUUCAUUGUCUCACGGGCAGACUGUGAGGAUGGCAACGGGCCAGCUUGCUAUCUUUGUACCAGGGGGCAGCUCUUAGCGUUUGAAGGCAAAUGUGAGUCCAGCUCUGAGUCCACCCGGAACAGGUGUUGUGCGCUCACCCGGUGACCUCUGUUGGAGCACUUGCUUCCUUAAAACAAGUUCCUUUUUGUCCUUUUCUUUUAGUCUAAAGAAAACCAGAUGCUGAGUGAGAUCUCAGAACACAGAGGAGCAGUGCUCCCGGCUACAGUGAAGACCUUGUGAUCUGUCACAUUAAGGCGGGGGG